AAAAAUUUGGUACUCAUGUGAAACUCUAAAUUUUAAAUAUGUUCUGAAAAAAAUCUGGAGUAUUAAAUUUGUUUUACGAUUAUUAUUGUCAGUUUUUUUACAUGUGAACUUUUUAGUUAAUUUUUAUUUAUUAUUGAUAAUAUUUAUUUCAACUAGUGACAUUUUAUGUUUUUAAUUAUUAUUAUUUUUUUAAGUUAUUAAAAAUAAUCAUUUUUAUUUCAAGUGAAGCUAAUAUGAGCUAUAAAGUUGAAUACAUUAUUGUAUUUUCAAAGAUAUUUUGUUAGUAUACUGAUAAAUACAAAAAUUGUUUUCAGUUAUCCAAUUAUUGAGGUUUAAAUGGCCAAUUAAAAAAUAGGAAAUUCGUGAAGUUAUCAAUUCGUAAAGAGUUACAGAUUUUACCUGUAUGGUUGACAAUAAAUACGAAGCUUUAAGAAGUAUAAUGUAUGAUCCGGGUAUUCGUCAAGAACCAAAUCCAGUAACUGGACCGUUAUAUGCUACAAUAGUAAAAAAAGAUGAUAAAGCAUCUUCAGUUGAUUUCCCUUUUUACAAUGUAAAUAUGGUUCAAAAAGUUCCAGUAACGGGCAAUAUUGCUGUUCUUGCUACUGCAUCUACCAAUGGUGUUACUCAAACUGAUAAAACAUCAUAUCGUUUUGAUGUGACUACCCCAUUUAAUUAUAAUUAUGCUUUGGUUAACCAAAUGUCUCUCUCAACAGCUGGGACUGUUUUUAAAUGUGACAUAUGUGGUGCCAGUUUUUCACAUGUGUCAAUGUUAGAUCAUCAUAAAAAGACUGUACAUCCACAAGAUCCACCAUCAUUCACUUGUACAACAUGUGGAUCUUGUUUUCCCCAAGUAAGAGAUAUGAAAGUUCAUAGAUCAACAGUUCACAAACAGUGUUUUUCUUGUGGUGCUGAAGUUACAUCGCAAACUACUAAAGGAAAAAAAUCAAGAUUUAUUAAAUGUGUAAAUUGUAGUGGAGGUGGAAAUUGUUCUAAUAAUUAUGUGCCACAAGAAGGUGAAAUUGAAACUAAUGAUACAAAUCUAUCACCUGAACAAACUGCUAUUAUGAAAGGUUAUUACCCAGUAAAAAAACGAGGAAUGGCUACAGUUACCAAAUGUUAUAAGUGUAAUGGUUCUGGUAUAAUAUUUUUAGUUAAUGGUAACCAGACUAAUGUAACUAUGAAAAAUGAUACUAUUACAAAUCCUAAUGUUCCAAACAAACCAUUUCAUUGUAAUAUUUGUGGAGGAAGUUUUUCUAGGUAUUCUUCUUUAUGGAGUCAUAAACGUUUACACACUGGUGAUAAACCUUACAAAUGUGAAAUUUGUGGACUGUCAUUUGCUAAAGCUGCUUAUUUAAAAAAUCAUGGCCGUGUACACACUGGUGAAAAACCAUUUAAAUGUGGAGUUUGUGGAAUGCAAUUUUCACAGUCUCCUCAUCUUAAAAAUCACGAAAGAAUACAUAGUGGAGAAAGGCCAUAUCAAUGUGAAGUUUGUGAUAAAACAUUUGCUCGACAUUCUACUUUAUGGAAUCACAGACGAAUUCAUACUGGAGAAAAACCAUAUAGGUGUGAUAUAUGUGGAUCAGCUUUUAAUCAAGCAACCCAUUUAAAAAAUCACGCUAAAGUACAUACUGGUGAAAAGCCACAUCGUUGCGAUAUUUGUGGAGUUGGUUUUAGUGAUAGAUUUGCAUUGAAAAGACAUAGAAAUAUUCAUGAAAAAUAUGCUAGGCAGCAAAAUGAUGCAUCAGCUGCACAAACAGUUACUCCUCCAUCUCAAGAAUUAGAACCUAUUACUAACCAAACACAAAUUGAAGAGUGUAUUUAUAGUACUGAAUAUACUGUAGAAAAAUAUGAAAAUAACAUUCCUACUGACAUUGUUGAAGUUAAAGUUGACCAACAAGGUCAACGUGAUCAUGAUUCACAGCAAAUAGAUGAUUGCAUUUAUAAAUAAUAGUAUUCAAAAAGAUAACAUUUUGUGAAAAUCACUUAUUUUGGCUGUUAAAAUAUUGAGUUUUAAUAAUUCAAAAUAUUAAUUUAAAUUGUUUAAGUAAUUGAAAUUUGAAUCUCUUAUUUCUUGUGUUCAUGUACAUUAUUAUUAGUUUGAUUUAUAUUUUUAUUGUUUUUAAUUAUUUAAGAUCAUAUUUAAUAUUUCAAUCUUUUAAAAUUAAAUGAUUAUAUAAGAUUUACAGUUCUUUAUUUAUUAUUGAAGAUCUAUUUUUUUUAAUACCAUAAAUAAAUUAACUUAAACUUGAUUUAAAUGAAUACAUAAUUAAAAUAACUUAGUGAACACAUGAAGUAAGAAUAACUAUCGUCUUGAUUAAUUAAUUUAAAACUUUUUCUUCAAGAAAACUAUACUUUAGAUUUAUUAUUUUGUUGUUAGCCUAAAAAUUUGUUUGUUUAAAUAACAAAAAACAUACACAAUAUUUAAGCUCUAUGUUAGUUUAAG